CUUGGUUUUCAUUACGUCAAUUUGAUUGACAACAUAAACUGCCUUCUCUGCCAUCGUCGUCAUAUCUUGCUGAAAGCGUUUUCAUUCAGCUCCAUGAACUGACAUAAAAGCGUUUGUCAAUGAUUGUAGACAAAUCUUGGGGUCAAUCGACUGACAUACCGUUUCCACCAUAAAUGUCAAAGCAGUGUUUUUAGAAGAAGAAGAAUUAGCUGUCAAAGCAGAAAAAGUAACUGACCAAAGUGAAAAUUUCAAAGGACUGGCUACGAGCUUAAACAAUUUUUUUAUACAAUAAAUUCAAUCAAUGCAAAACAAAAAGAAAUGAACAAAAAGCGAGCUUCGAUUGCCUUUGCAUCACUUUGUUUGAUCGCGACUUUAAAAGCGUGGAAAAAAAAUAAAUGCUUGAAAAGAAAUAAAAAGCAAUGGUGGAUUCGUCCAGGGCUCAGACACAGGGCCACCAGUGGUUUCUACUCCACACUGCGUUUUAAAAUACGUCAGCAGGAUCCUCAAUGGUUUAAAAAUUUUGUGCGAAUGAGUUGUGAAGACUUUGACUACCUGGUGGAGCAUCUCACACCAUACAUUGGCAAGAGCAAUACCCGAUUCAGGAAAGCAAUUUCAGUCGGCGAAAGACUCGCCGUAACUUUACGGUAUCUGGCUACAGGAGAUAGCUUUUCAAGUUUAAUGACGGUUUUUCUUAUUGGUAAAACUACAAUAUGCCACAUAGUACAUGAAACAUGUGCUGCUAUUUUUACAGCAUUGAAAGAUAAGUUUUUAAAGGUCCCAAAUACCCCUGGACAAUGGGCAGAAGUAGCAGAUCAAUUUGCAAAGCGUUGGAACUUUCCAAACUGUUGUGGUGCUUUGGACGAAGUUGGAGCAUACGGCCGCGAAUCUGAUGGAGGUGUUUUCGCAAGAUGCAAGCUUUCAAGUGCUCUUGCUGACAACACUAUUAAUUUUCCACCCCGCAGACCACUACCGAAUGAGGCAGAUCCAAUGCCAUUUGUCAUUAUUGCAGACGAUGCCUUUCCGCUGAAACCAUACAUUUUGAAACCAUUCUCUUAUCGUGAACAAGUAAUGUCGCAUAAAAUAUUUAACUAA